UGCGGCCUUGCAGACUGAGAGCGCUGCCAACAAAGGCCGAGUCGAUGGGGUUACAAAAAGAUUGUUAAUUUGGACUUCUAAAACCCUUUUGUUGUUGUAAUUAUAAUUUUAUAUAGGUUGUGAAUUUGUGAUUACGGUUAAGAAAAUGUGUGAAUGAUAUGAAUCGUGACGACUAGCAAAGGAGUCAGCUGGUCCACAGUGCGAAUAGUGAAUAAGAAAUGGCGGCCUUGCCAGCAGGUGUUCAGUAUGGGUUAUCAUCGGAGUCUAGUUAUAAAGAAAACAAGGAACUAGUGUUUGUGAAAUUAACGGAUUCAGCGCUGAAAGCAAUCGAAGACUUCCUUAGAAAUAAUAGGGACAGAUUGGCAAAACCUAAAAUACAGUUCCUACCCGGAAAUGAAGGGAAAAUCUCCAUUCCGGCGCCAGCCAGUGGAAAUGGCCCAUCAGGCGAGGCUACGUUUCACUUCAGCAUUAAUAGUAAUGCAGAAAUGGAGGGACCACAGGGUUCGUUCGAGUGCGUCAGGAGUGGCGGCGCUCGGCGUUUGGAGUCGUGCGGGCCGCUGCCGCGUAGAAUGCGCGUACAGGCCAACGACGACUCGUAUGAGGCCACAAAGGACCGUAUGGCGAGAACAGUCGCCGCGGAACAGAGUAAAUGCACGCGCGUGAUUAAACCUAAUCAGACGGACAUCGGACGUCGCGUCAAAGUGCGUUCCGCGCACCCCUACUCGGGUGUGGGAGCAACUCAGCUGGCCGAGAGGCCUGAGAGGCCCGAAAGGCCAGAGAGGCCUGAGAGGCCUGAGAGGCCCGAGAGGCCCGAGCGACCUGAACGGUCGGAAAGGCCGGAGCGGGCGGAGCGACCGGAGCGGGCUGACCGGCCCGAGCGUGUCGAGAGGGUCGAGAGGCCCGCACCCCCCGCGCCGCGGCCGCAGCCCCCGCCCGCCGCGCCGCCGCACGCGCAGCACCCCCAGCAUCAGCAGCACCCGCAGCACCCGCCCAACCCUCACCAGCCGCAGCGGCUACCCCCUAACCCGGAUCUCACUAGGCGGUCCUUGAAAGAAAGACUUAUACAGUUAUUAGCAUUGAAACCCUUCAAGAAGCCCGAAUUGUACGCGAGGCUUCAUAGUGAGGGUAUCAAAGAAAAGGAGCGCAGUUUGGUGAACAAGAUUUUGCCUCAUAUCAGUACGCUCAAGGAUAACUGUUACCACUUACGUAGAAACAUGUGGAACGAUGUCAACGAGGACUGGCCCUUUUAUACUGAGGAGGAAAAACGUAUGCUCAAGAGGCGGAAACCUCAAAACCUAACUCCACCGCUAAGCAGUGACUCAGCAAACUCUCUAUCACCGCGAGCGUCACCAAGCGCCAGCAAGAGACCGAGCAGUGCGAGCGGGCUCAGCUCUAGCAGUACGGCGGCGGCGACCGCGGCCGUAGCGGGGGCCGUAGCCGGCGUAGCUGGUGUGCCUGGCGUAGCUGGAGUAGUGGCGGGUGCGGCGGGCGGGGAGGAGGGCCCCGCCGUCAAGAAGCAGCGCAUCUCGCACUACCGCCGCGCGUCCCCGCCCUCCUCCGGCUACGCGACCACCUCCUCGGGCGAGCGACAGGCCUCCGACACCGAGGAUGAUCGGACCACCGUUAAUAAAAAGGACAACGGCUACACCCUCAAUUAUAAUACUGUAAAGGAUCUCUGCCCCAGUCCUGUGAAAGCAAACGGUUUUAGAAAUAGUCCCCCAGUAGAGCAAACUAAUAUCACAGAAAAAGACAUCACAAAUAAUGAACCCUUAGAAAAUACAGAAUUAGCGCCUGUCCCUGAUGAGAAUAUGACUGACUUGGAAGAGAUUGAAAGAUCAUCAAGGAUUUCAAGGCAAUACCCGCCGAUCACGAGCUCGAACAUCCGGCGCGCGUACAAGAACGAGUUCGCGGAGCUGUACACGGAGUACCGGUCGCUGUACGCGCGCGUGGCGCAGGUGGCCGCGCUCUUCACGCGCCUCGAGCACGAGCUGCAGCGCGCGCAGCCGCUGUCGCCGCACCACCAGAGUAUAGAACAACGCAUCGUGGAUGAAUAUCGACGCGUGAACAACGAUCCUGCGUACAAACAGGAGAGGCGGCGCGUCAACUACCUGCAUCGUAAACUCACUCACAUCAAGCGUAUGGUUUAUCAGUAUGAUCAACUUCGAAACUUGAAACCGGAACGAGUUUCUACCGCGAGCACAACGCAAGCGUACUGACACUCGAGUUUCUCGCCGCCCGCCGCUCGCUGCCUUUAGUACUGAUAUAUAACUAACACGCCUACACAGAGCAUCUCAACAGGUCAUAGACAUUUGUAUUAUAAGAUCUAUAGUUUUUAUACGAGUCAGUGUCUCCCGUUUAGUGACAGAGUUAAGCUUUAUAUAUAUAUAACGUUAGGCCUUCAAUGUACUCUCAACGGUCCUGGUAAAGUCGUGCUGACUGUACUACGUUUUAUCACAAGGAUUUUGGAAAGCGACGUGUCCUUAUGACGAUGGCUGAGGCGGCGAUCUGUGAUCGACCUGUGGAUACCUAUAUUUUUCUCUAACACAGCAGUUUUGUAAAUAUCAUCCAAUAUUAUAGUGUAUAGUGGAACUGAUAGUUCCUACAUUUGGUGCCACAUGUUGAUCACGUUCCUUUGUAAGGAAUUUUGAUUACCGUCUCAUGAAAACGUUUUAGGACACUAAUCGCAGAUUUGUAUGUAGUUCUUGUCAAUUGGCAGGUUUUAAGUGUGAGUGCUGAAUUAAUUGAAUAAGAAUAUUGUGUUAAAUUUUUGGGGAUUCUUAGAAGCGCAAAAUUUUCUUUAUGACCAAUUGUUAAAUAUUUUAACAAGUUUAAAAAUUGAUCACAAAGGAUAAUUUCAAUUGUUCAUCUUCGUGUCAGCUAUUAGAACGUUAAUUCAACUAGUUAUAAUGCGAAUCAAUAUUUUUGUUCGAACACUUUAUUUACAAGGAAAAGACCUUAAUAAAUAUGCAUGAUUCAUGCUAAUCAGCAAUUUAUUGUCAUUGGAAUACUAUACGUACACCGAUGACCUCUAAGCGCUACGAAAAUGAAAGUUCGCUGCACGUUGCCUAGUUGAAUAAACGCUCCAAUAACGAUCUUGAAAUGAACAUUGUAUUUGAAAUAUGCAUCGAUGGUACACGCACCGGCCACUUGCCAACUUGGCAAUAUGAACACUAGUUGUGACUACACAUGGUUAAGGUAAUUAUUGUUCUGUUUUUAGUCAUUCUCAUUGUAGUUAAUAAAUACAAAAUAUUAAGUUACAUAAUAGUAUAUUAAGUUUCAUUGUUCUUCCAUUAAUUUUAACAGAGCGAUACCUUGACCAUCUGAUUAAACAGAGCGAUAUUCGCUGUAACUGAUGUGAGUUUUCAUACUGAAAUCAAAUCUUGUUCGAUACUUUGCAAUACAUUUAUAUUUUAUUCUUCUUUUCGGACCUAACUUUUGUUUCUUGCUUUUGUAGUUAUUUGAUAAGAAACAAACAAGGUUUGCUACAACUGUCUUUAUUAGCCAUUGUCAUUAUUCUCUUUUGACAAUUGCAACUUUACUCCGUCGUCAAUCGAUUGGCGUGAAUCUAUUCCCCAUAUCGAAGACUUGCUGGUUGAUUUUUAUAUUGUAAAUAGUAUAUUAUGUAUAAAGAAAUUAAAUUAUCAAGUAUAUAAUAGUCCAAUAUUAGAUAUAUGUUCGUCCACAUUUUAUUCCAGUCGAAAAUUAUUGCCGUCUAAUGUUAUUGUUGUCCAAAUGUUCGCUUAUACUGUAUGCUGAAUUAUUUUUUAUUAUUCUCUUAAAACGUGGUCAAAGAAUAAAUAAUUUAAUAUUAGACUUUGACAAUUCUUAAGUCAAUUUAAAGCCCAACAAUCAAUUAAUGAUAACAAUUGUAUUGCCCUUAUAUUUAUCUAUACGAUUUCGCCCAAUGUCGUCCCUUUCGCUUUUAAACAAUCCAUCCAUAUUUUAAUGUUGGACGUACAUUUUAUUUUAUUUGUCUUGCCCGGCUUGCAUGUUGUACAUAGUAGUAUCUUAUAAAAGAAAUUUAUUCACGUUCUUGUUAAAUUUUGUUAUGACUAGUGUAAUAAUUCAGGUUUAUUUUCAAUAUUAAUAACAUAUUUAUUAAGGUUUGGCUGUGUCGUGUUAUUGCCGUGUAAAGAUCUUGUAAAUAAUGUAAUGGCUUUAAACUAACUCAUCGUAUGUCACAAAGUAAACUCCUCCAAGAGUGAUGGCUAAUGUUGUAGUUUUAGAAGGGAUUCGGGGAUCACACGACAGAGUUACAAAUGCAUAAUGAGGUUAUAGUGUUUGCCAAAAUCGCGGAGUAAAUGUUAAUUUUCUAUUGUCAAAUAUAACGUCUUGAAAGAUAGCAACAACCGGCCAGUGUCUAACAUCCACUAGAAAUAAGGAAAUUAUCUGGUCCUUUUUGGAAAUACCCUCCAGAUCACAAUAAAAUUCUUAGUAAAUUUAGUAUACAUUCGGGCCAGACUAUUUUCGUCGCCCUAGCUUGAGUACUUACAAGAUGUAAUGGAGACUUAUAACAUGCAAAUGAACUGCAGACCUUAGUUCAAAGUCCCUGGUCCAAUGUAUGGAAAGCCGUCUUGCAUAUUAUGUCCUGAAAGUAACGUCCAUAUUUGAAAAUGAUUUAGCAUUAAGUGAUUCUGAUUUUUAUCUUUGAAAGCAAAGUCAGUUUGUGCAAGUCCAUUACAUAAAUCCAAAUGCAAUUUGUUAAAGUCAACUUAAAUCGGCAUAUGCGUCCUUUAAUUCGAUGAUGUAAUUGUAAAGUUAAUUUUCACCUAUUGUAUACUUCUUUGUUGUUAUAUGCGUAUUAUAUAGUAUAGCUCGGAACAUUUUUCGUAGAUUUACGAAGCCUUGUUAAAGGAUAACGUUACUUCUGUUAGUUUUUUGUCAAUUAAUGUGUCCAAAAGGCAUAGGUAUUUCAUUUUUCAUUAUAAUCGUCAAUUGUUUUAUGUAUAUACAGAAACAGUAGAUUUUCAUUAGUGAUGUGAAGUUAUUUGGUCAAUUCAAACGUAAGUGCCCUUUUGUUGCUCACGAUAAUAGUUUGUGGUUUAUUAUCGCUUUUUUACUCAUUAUAAUGCUCAAUAUUAUGGUCAUGAUAUUAGAUGAUUAAAUUUCGCUUUGGGUUUUAAUUUA